AUCACAACAACAAACAACAAUGAUCGGAUACCUUGCCUUAUUCUUUAUCGUUACUUUAGUCUUUGGAGAAGAAACUUCCUAUGAAACUGACUACAAGACUGUAUCAACCACAGUAAUUUUCCCAAACUAUCAUAGAUAUUUCAAUACAUCUAGUGUUUGGACCAAUUCUUCAUCAACUAGUACUGAAACUCAUACCAAUACUGAAACUCACAUCUACACUACUACUACUACUACUGCUGCUGCUGCUAACACCUACUCCGAAAUCACCCAUAUUACUAGUGAAGCAAGUACUCAUAGUACCAUUGAAGAAGCUAUUACUCAUAGUGAAAUUACUACAGCUAUUCCAGCAAACCCUACAUCCUUUCCAAGCCCAAUCUGCAAUGCUUUUACCACCACUAUUUAUGCCCCUGUUUCAAUCAAAACUGUAACUGAAACAACCACAAUCACUACUGGUGAACCAAUCAAGUCUAGUUCCAGCAUUUCGUCUCAAACUAAACAAACAACAGAACAUAAAAAAUCUGAAGAUAAGGUUGAGACCCGCACUGAUUAUUAUACUUAUACUUACACUUAUGCUGAUAUAACCACUUACACCACUGCACGAACCACUAGUACCUAUAGUUAUUCAACACACUACACGAAUUCAACUUCCACAAGUACCACUUCUUCUAGAGGAUACACCAAUUCAAGUAGUAUUUACUAUUCUUCUCCUACUACUUCAAUUGAAACAAAAGUCACGGUUGUCCCAUCUGCAUAUUACUACAAAGGUGCUACCGUUUAUUAUUAGACUUAGUUUUAUAGAUUAUUAUAGAAAUAGAUUUUAUUAGAGUUAUAUUUAUGUGGC